AUGAUAUGUAAAGUUUUAUCGAAUUUCUGUCUUCCCAAUGACAAGGACGACAACCCGCCACGUCAGUUGACCCACUUCCAGUACACGGCCUGGCCGGAAGACGGGUCUGACCCGUGUAUGUGGAGUUUGGUUGACUUUGAACAUAAGGUCUUCUUCAACACUCUGGAAACUGUCACGCUGGUGCAUUCUGGGACGGAUACAACGAGAAGCUCCGUGUUUAUAGCACUACACGAUUUGAUCCGUCAAGCCAAGCUGAACCAAGCUGUGGACUUUGUCGACACGGUGUCCAGGCUCCGACAAGACAUGCCCAACACGGUUCAAACCUUUGAGCAGUACAUGUUCCUGCACCACGCCGCGCAGGCUGGCAUCGCCUGUACAGGCAGCUACACACACAUCAGCGCCAUCUUUCUCAAAGUACAUCUCAUGGGGAAAGUCGUCAACGGAAAAAGUAAUUUCAAAAAAGAAUUCAAGAAUCUGUUUAGUUUGGAGAUAAAGUUUAAGGGUGGUGUAGGGGACGUUAUCCAAAAUCCACAAAGUAAAAAUAGAUUCCUCAUUGUACCAGAAAUGUACAACAACAUUAACGAUAGUUCAGUGUGA